GAUAGAGAGAGAAAGCUAGACCUCUCUCUCUCUCUCUCUCUCUCUCUCUCUCUCUCUCUGUAAUCUCCUGAGCUCAAUGCUUAAUUUCGUAUGCGUUCUUCGCUUGACUCGCAGAAGUCAGAACCAAAGAAAAAGGAAAGGAAAAGAAUUCCGCAGGUGAAGGAAGAAAACUUCAAUUCGCGAUAGAAUAUUAUCUCCAAGUCUUCUGUCCUCACUUUUUCUUCAUCGCUGUUGUCUGCUGCAUUCUUAUCAUUAUUAUUAUUUUUCAAAGGAUUUCCUGAUCGAGAUUGCGGACGUCUGUACUCAGAAUUGCGCCAUGACUUAUCACAACGCAGAUGCUUCUCAGGGAGAAGGUGCUAAUUUUCCUCUUCAGCCUCCUGAUUCCACUGAUCACCAGCUGCAGUAUCACAAUUUUUAUAAGGUUUACAAAUGCGGCCCCCUUUUUGUAUCAUCUAAAGGUAUUGGAUGGACAUCAUGGAAGAAAAGAUGGUUCAUUUUAACACAUACUUCAUUGAUCUUCUUUAGAAGUGAUCCUACUAUUUCACCUCAAAAACCAGGUGAAGUAAAUUUAAUACUUGGUGCUAUUGAUCUUAACAGUUCAGGCAGUGUGGUUGUCAAAGAAGAUAAAAAACUCUUGACCGUGCUCUUUCCUGAUGGUCGUGAUGGGCGAACUUUUAAGGCUGAAACAUUAGAAGAAUUGCUUGAGUGGAGGGUUGCACUAGAAGAGGCUUUAGCAAAUGUACCUAGUGUUGCUCUUGUGAUUGGACAAAAUGGAAUGCUCAGGAAUGAUCAGGUCAAUGCAACUGAUGUUUCUUCAGAAAAAUCUAAGGAUAGACAACCUGUUUUACUUGCUUUGGAAGAUAUUGAUGGAAAUCCAUCUUUCUUGGAGAAAGCCCUUCAGUUCAUAGAAAAGCAUGGAGUUAAAAUUGAAGGCAUCUUGCGACAAGCUGCAGAUGUUGACGAUGUUGAGUGCCGAAUUCGAGAGUACAAACAAGGGAAAGUUGAAUUUUAUCCAGAUGAAGAUGCACAUAUCAUUGGUGACUGUGUCAAGUAUAUCCUCCGAGAAAUGCCGUCAUCUCCAGUUCCUGCAUCUUGCUGCAAUGCCUUGCUUGAAGCGUUUCGAACUGAUAGAGGUAAGAGAGUUAGUGCUAUGCGUUCAGCUAUAAUGGAGAUGUUUCCAGAACCAAAUCGUCGUUUGUUACAAAGAAUGCUCAUAAUGAUGAAAAAUGUGGUAACUCACAAGGAUAUGAAUAGAAUGAGCACAACAGCUGUGGCAGCUUGCAUGGCACCUUUACUUCUACACCCUCUUUUAGCUGGAGAUUGUGAAAUUGAUCAUAACUUUGACAUGGGAGGUGGUGGAUCUGUUCAACUUCUAAAGGCUGCUGCAGCAGCAGCAAACCAUGCUCAAGCUAUUGUUAUCACUUUGCUAGAGGAAUAUGAUAAUAUAUUUGGGGGAGGUUCUCUUUCUGGGUCACCUGAACAGUAUUCUGGGUCAGAUGGUAGUGGAACUGGGAGCAAAGAAUAUACUAAUGAUGUUGAUCAUGAUGAACGGUAUGGAGGUGAUGGCUCUGUUGAGAAUAUAGAUGAUGAUUCAGAUAAUGCAUCUGCUGCUACCACCAACCAGACUGGAGAAAAUGAAGUUACUAAUGAGAGCCCCAGAGAUGGUAAUUUAGUCUCCAAGUCUUCUGAAGUAAGCAAUGCUGUUGAAGUUGAUAAAGUGCCACCAAGAAAACCUCCUCGAACUUCUCUCUGGCAUGAAAGGAAGGAAGGGAUUGAUAGUGCUCCAAGCCAUGGGGAUGUUUGCGCUACACCAGAAAAUGAAUCCAGUGAAUUAUUCAAAACUGGAUCUGCUGAAACAUCCACGUUUCUAAAGUCCAUAGACGUGCAUAAUGGGCCUAUACUGCACCUUCGGUGGAAAUCCAUCUUCAGGCGUAGAAUUGGUAGAAAGAACCUUUCCAUGGAGUCUAUUGAUGUUGCAUUUGAUGAUGAAGAUGAAAUCCAGAGACUGGAGGCCACCAAAACUGUCUUGCAAAACAGAAUUGCUGAGGAGGCUAAGAGGAAUGCACUUCUGCAAGAAAACUUGGAGAAACGAAAGAAUGCUUUGCUUGAGUGCCGUCUAGCUCUUGAGAAAGAUGUGGCGAGGCUUCAGGAACAAUUGCAGAAGGAAAGGGAAUUUAGUAUGGUACUGGAAGCUGGACAUGAGAAUUUUCAAGGGUCAUUGCCUGUUUCUAGUAGUACUGAUGAAACAAAUGCAGAGCCGAAGGAGAUUGCUCCUAUGGAGGCAGAUAUUAUCAAGCUGAAACAGAGGGAUAAUGAUCAUCCAGCGCUGCUUAAUAAACAAUGCCAACAAUCAGAGUUUGGUAUUGAUGUGGUCAAUCCACCAAAAGCUUUAUAUUUUCAAGAAGUAGAGGAUAAACAGAGGGAUGAGGAUAGCCUUGCUACAUCACAAGCUCAUGAGAAGUCAGAGAGUAGUAAGAAUGGUACUUGCUUGAACAAUGCAGAAAGUGAAAGAGACAUGAAACAAGAAUCUCACUUGUCAGAUAAACAGAAUUCACAGAGUAAGCAAUCAGAUUCAGUACAUUAUCCCAACACUUCUGGGGCUUCAAUUAUUCUCAAGAAUUCUGGUUCAAAGGAGGGAGGUAAUACCGCACUGUCCAAGCUAAGAAACAGGAUCAACUUCUUGAGGGAGAGCCGCCGCACUCAAAUUACAAAUGAGCCUAAAACUUUGGACAAUGGCAGAAAUUCUGGACAAUCUAUCCAAACCCUUAAAAGAAAUGGAUCAGCAUCAGAAUCAGAUCUUCACCAAAUCACUUCUGAAAACAAGAUGAUGCUGUAAAGUAUUGGAUCAAAAUAGCGCCUAAUCAUUUUGCUUUUGGAGUUUCGGUUAGUUACUUAGCUUAUUACAGUCCUAUACAAAGAACUCACCUGCAGGCUGAAACUCUGAAAACCCCAAGUUUUGUUUUCAGGUAAUGUUCAGUAAUGUUCUUGAGUUCAAUUUAGUCGUCGAAAAUUAUUAUCAU